AUGUUUAGAACAUUGCCAACUAUCCUUAACCGCUCAGCAAUUGCAUCAAGAUCGCCAUCAUCAGCAGCAUCUUCAAUUCGAUUCUUGUCAAGUAGCACCAAACCCACAGUGUCAUCUACGACUAAUUUGUUUUUCCCUAGAUCAAACUCAGUCUUGACCGCUGUAAAGCAACAACACCAACACUACCAUCAACACGGUUAUGGAUCCAACUCAUCUAGCAAAAACAUCUUGAAGUUGUUCUUUGCUAGUGCUGGUGCUUCUUUCUUGCUAACUACGGCAUUUGCCAAGUCAAUUUACAACGACGCUGCCGGUUAUGCUGCUACUCCUAGACAACAAGUGGCUUCAAACGUCUCAGUCCAACCAGUGACUAAGACCCCAACCAAAUCCAGAUGGGGAAACAAUUUAAACUAUGAAGAUUUAACCAUUGGGUCGGUCACUGGAUUGUUUGUUGGGAUUAUCUUGGGUAAAUUGUCUCAAGUAUUUGUGUUCAUUUCCUUGAGUUCCUUCUUACUUGUUGAAUUUUUGCAAAACAGAAAUAUCAUUAAUGUCCCAUGGAACUACAUUUUUACCGUUGGAAAGCAAAAGAUCAAUUUGAAGCAAUUGGUCUUUGAGAACCCAAGUUUCAAAAUAUCAUUUGUCUUGAGUUUGAUCAUUGCUGCUUACAACGUAUAA